AUGGAUUCCCUAAAAUCCGGUUCCCGGUCAGCCAAUCAACUCCGACAUCUCAAACAACUCUUCAACUGCCACUCCUCCGCCGGACGAGCCAUCUCCACCACCACCACCGCCACCGCUCCUCCCUCUUUCCUCAGACAUCUCUCCCCACACAAUCAACCACUUCUCACGCCUUGUUCUUCUUCUGUUAUGGCCAUCCGUCACCUCCGUACUGGCCGUGAUCCUAAAGGUGGUUUCGAAGAAAGGUAUGAGCAGAACCCGGGGAUCAUUGUGCCGGAGUGGGAAGCAUAUGUUAUCGAGCGAUCUGGGAAGUAUGUGAAGACAUUGACAGCCGGAACUUAUCAAAACGAUCCCGAAUUAGGCCGAAUAGCCUAUAUUCUUUCUUUGAAAGAAGGGCCUUUCUCCGUUGCUCAUCAAACCGCCGUAACCAAAGACAAUGUCGCCAUAUCCAUCAAUGGAGAUCUCUUUCUCAAGAUUGUCAACCCUAAAUUGGCGUCCUACGCGGUCGAGAAGCCGAAAGACGCUUUAAUCAAUCUCGCACGAACCACAAUACAAAGCGAGGUUGGAAAGAUGACGCUGGAGGAAACUCAAAGCGAGUGGAAGGUGCUCAAUGAGAAGAUAGCUUCCGCCAUUAACGAAACGGCGAAGGAGUGGGGCUUAGAGUGUAGUCGUUCCGAAAUGAAGAAGAAAACUCUGCCUCAGGAGAAAAAGGUUUUGGCGGUAGCAAAACCACAAAUCAUAAGGGCAGAACUAGAAAAGCUGGCAGAUAAAUUUUUUUCAGAUGCUACAAAUGUACUUGCCUCGAAGGCUGGAAAGGUGUCUGGUCCAAACUUAAAGGCAGAAUGGGAAAGGAUAGCAAAUUCAGUUGCUGAAAAGUUAGAACGGUAUCUUAAAGGAGAAGAAGAACCUAUUGUAAAGAUGAACCAAAUCUUAAAGGAAGGAGGAGGAGGAGAAAGGUUAAGGGAGGAUCAUACACUGUGGCCGGAGAUCCGGCGGGCGCGGAAUAAGAAGGCCGAAUUUAUUGAGAUAGUACCGGAGGGGAAAGCAUAUGUUGUGGAGCGAUCUGGGAAAUAUCUGAAAACAAUAUUGACGGAAGGAGCUCACGAAUUAGAUCCUUUCAAAGACAUAAUAACGUAUGAAUAUUCUUUGGAAGAACACUUUGUACGGAAUUCUCAACCGCAUGUCGUUACUAAAGACAAUGCCACCGUAUCCGUGAGCGGAACUCUCUGUGUCAAGGUUGUUGAUCCUAAGUUGGCUUCCUAUGUGAUAAUUAAUCCGAUAGAUGCCUUGAUUGAAUGUGCAAAUUCGACAUUGCAAAGCAAGUUCAGAGAGAUCAGAGUGGACGGAAUCUUAUUGGAGAAGAGCGACACGCUUAAUGAGGAAAUAAGAGCAGCAAUUGACGAAGCUGCAAAAGGUUGGGGUUUGCAAUGUGUUAGUUACGAAAUAGAUCGUAUAUCAGACCGAGCUUUGUUAGGAGAUUAUACUUAUUUCAGUAGCUAG